ACUACUGGAAACACGACUAUAGUUUACAAAUGUGGGGGCACUAUAUACGAUCGCGGUUAUGUAAUCACUGCUGCGCAUUGUCUCUAUCAUUCGAGUGAUCUACCUGUGGUAGUACGUCCCGGUGGCUUCGCUUUGAAUGAUACUGAGGCUUGGGACUUGGAAAUCGAAGAAGUUAUAGAGCAUCCCAAUUAUGAUUAUCCAAAUGUAUACAAUGGCAUUGCAAUUAUACGCCGAGACACUUUUAAGGAGAGGAUGCUUUUAUUAAAAACUUUUGUUUUGCUUUAUCGUGGCAUUAUUCAUUCGCAGUUGUGUGCAAAUGAUACAGUUGGAAUGAGCGAUACUUCUCAGGAGUACUCUGGCGGACCCAUUAUGAUGUACGGUACUGGUGAUGAUAAUUACUUUUACGAAAUGCCGUACGUGGUUGGCAUCACCUCAUUCGGCAAUGGUUGCGGUUCUGGGGUGCCGGGGGUGUACACACGUGUCGCCAGCUAUAUAGACUGGAUUGAGAAAAUCGUAUACUGAGAAAAUAAGAAAAUAAUGUAACUGAUGAAACGCAAUAAUUUUCCAAUAAAAAUUA